CAAACCCCGGUCCAUCCACUCCGCUCUGCAUCGACCAAUCAGCUGCUUCCUCACUGCGAGGGACAGCUGUCACUCAACAACAUCCCGACUGUUUCCUGUCCUGGCUCCUAACCCACAUCAGGACAGGAAGUCCUCACAUCGUCCUCCAGACUGAGGACACAUCUCUUCACAACACACCUCGGAUAAGAAGAUCAUGUCUAAUAACCAUCGUCAACUCUGGUGUUCACAUUAAAGAAAAUAAUAUAUUAAGUUUCAAGUUUCAAGAGUUUAUUAGUUGUUGCACUUACAUGUAGCACUUUACUUUUUUACCAGAACAAAUAGAACUAAUAAUCAAUAGUUAAUACAGAUUCAUGUGUUUUUAUUUCACACACACUCUGAUUAGUGUCGGUGACUCUAGUCUGGGUCCUGGUCUGAGUUCAGGGCUGGGUCCUGGUCUGGUCUCUUCUGGACCCGGAAGUGUUGUGGCUCAAUGUGAUGCUUCGGACUGAACGUUUAGCUUUAGCUUCUGUUAGCUUCAUGACACGGAACGUUCCUGCCUCCGAGUCUGUGUUUCACACGGACCCCUCCGCUGUCCGGACCGGACUUUGAGCUCUGUGGCUCGUUAGCCGGAUCCGUUCAGUCAGCUGAGCAGCUAAGCUAACACGCUAACUGGUUAGCUUGAUUCAGCUACAGACGUUAGCCGCCUCCGUGCUGCUCAUGCCGGCGAUGCUGGAGAGAAACCAGGAGGCUCCGGGAAAGAGGAGAGGCAGAGCCCCGGCGGGUGGCGGCAGCAGCGGCCCCGGAGCAGCAGUGAACCACGGCGGGAAGGGUCUGUCCGGUAAUGGAACCAGCACUAACAGCUGUUGGGAAGAAGGAAGUUCAGGAUCCAGUAGCGACGAGGAGCAUGGUGGAGGAGGGAUGCGUGUCGGACUGCAGUACCAGGCCGUGGUUCCAGAGUUUGAUACUGACGUGGCUCAGGCGGCUCAGCUCAGAGAAAACCCUGGGAUGCUGGUUUGGAUCCCCAGCAGCUGUCUGAACCAGUCUCAGUUGGACGAAUACAUCGCCAUCGCCAAAGAGAAACACGGCUACAACAUGGAGCAGGCGCUGGGGAUGCUCUUCUGGCACAAACACAACGUGGAGAAAUCUCUGGCGGAUUUGCCGAACUUCACCCCGUUUCCCGACGAGUGGACGGUGGAGGACAGAGUCCUGUUUGAACAGGCCUUCAGUUUCCAUGGCAAGAGCUUCCACCGCAUCCAGCAGAUGUUACCGGACAAGUCGAUGGCCAGUCUGGUUCGGUUUUAUUACUCGUGGAAGAAAAGUCGCAGUAAAACCAGUCUGAUGGAUCGACAGACCCGGAAACACAAGAGAGAGAGAGACAACAGUGAUGAUGAAGACGCUCACAGGAAUAAUCUGAGUGACGCUGAGGUCGACCAAAAUAAAGACGACAAGAAGGAGGUCAGUUGUGGAUCAGAGGUCAAAACAUCUGCCGGACUGAAGUCAGGUGAAGGUGACCUGUCUGUCUCUCAGUCAGGUGACGGUGACCCGUCUGUCUCUCAGUCAGGUGUGAAGGCCUCUCAGCGGAUGAAGAAACGUCCCCCUAGAGGAAUGUUUCUGAACCAACAGGACGUUGUCUCUCUGUCGUCUUCGUCUCCUCAGGGACUCAUCAGACACCUGGACGGUCAGCUGGUGUCCAUCAAGAGACAGAUUCAGAGCGUCAAACAGACCAACAGUGCUCUAAAGGACAAAAUCAGUUCAGGAGUGGACGAGUUCAGACAGCCUGAGGUGAAUCAGAAGCUGAACAGUCGAUGGACGACAGAGGAGCAGCUGCUCGCCGUACAAGCCAUCAGGAAGUACGGAAGGGACUUCCAGGCUAUCUCAGAUGUGAUUGGUAACAAGUCGGUGGUUCAGGUGAAGAACUUCCUGGUGAACUACAGACGGAGGUUUAACCUGGACGAGGUUCUUCAGGAGUGGGAGGCAGAACAUGGCGUGGAGGGGGAAGACAGAGAAGAAGGAGGAGACCGAGGAGACGAGGGAGAUGGAGGAGACGGCGGAGGAGAGGAGGAGAAAAUGGAGGUGUGUCCCACUGAGGAGAAGGAGGUUACUGCCAAGGAUACAAAGGAGGACUCGUCCUUUCCAGUCGACCUCCACAAGCCCCUGGCGUCCUGAGACCCUCUGACCCAACCCCUCUUUCAUGAUGUCAUCAUUUUAGUUUGUUGACAUGUUAUUGAUCAGGUUUGAACUGUCACCUGAUAUUAAUGCUUUCUCUGGACCAAUCUGUGUGUGCGUGUGUGUGCAGCCAUGUUGGAUGAUGUCACUCAGGUAUCGUCCUCCUGUUUUAUGAUUUUAGAAUUUUUAUUUUAGAGGAAACAAUAAAACCAAAGUUGAUCAAUAAA